AUGUCCGAUCCUUACAACCGCAAUCCAUACCCCCAGUACGACCCCUCCCAGGCUGGAAACAAUCAGUACGGUGGAUAUUAUCAGGGACAGCAAGGCAAUUUCCUUCCGUCGCAGGGUCAGUACGGUCAGCCACAACAAACUUACUAUAACCCUCCCGCUCCCUAUGAGAGUCACCCACAUGCGCCGUAUUCCGGUUCUCCUCCUCCGUACAACCAGCAGACCUAUGGCCCCUAUGGUGGACCUCAGCAAGGGUAUCCAGACCAGCAGCACGGUUAUGACCAGAACAUGAACUAUCGCUCUCCUUAUGCUCCACCGCAGGAGCAGCAGCAGCAGCAACCGCCUUACCAGGGCGAAAGCGCUUCAUUCUAUGGCGCCCAGCCGGGAGGCCCUCCGCAACAGGCAGGACACAGUCCAGCUCCGGGAAAACCGGAAGGUGAGAAAGGUCUCGGAUCAUCGCUUCUCGGCGCUGCUGGUGGUGGUUUUGUAGGCCAUAAACUCGGUGGUGGACUAUUGGGAACAGCAGGAGGUGCACUGGCUGGUGCGGCUGGAAUGGGACUGGCCAGCAAAUUACACAAGAAGCACAAGAAGUACAAAAAGUACAAGGAACACAAGCGCGACGCUAGUUCCAGUUCCAGCUCGAGUUCAUCGAGCUCAUCGAGCUCUAGCUCUAGCGAUUGA